GAGCAACAGCCACCUUGUCGUUGAGGCCCUGCAUUGACAACAAAUUCGGUCCCAUCUCUCUUCUCUUUCCCCUUCCACUUCCCUUCCCCCGCCCCCCCUUUUAGAACCAUCUCGAGAUGCCGAGCCACCAUCACAUCCAAGAGGCGCCGGUCUCAUCGUAUCACGACGUGGCGCCAGCUAAGACCCCGGGCUACGACUCGGAAGCAUCCACGAUGAAGGGCGCCAUGUCCGAUCCGAGACACUCCCUCGAACGCAUCCCGUCCCAAGCUAAAUCCACCAACGCCAACAUCUUCCCCGACCCGGAAAAUGUCAUCGAAGCAGAUAUGGAGAAAGGCGGCGUCGCGCCACCCGCUCCCGCCGGCGCGCCACCCGGAUUCAACCCGGCCGACUUCCCGGACGGCGGCCUCGAGGCCUGGCUCGUGGUUGUCGGCGGCUUCUGCGCCCUGUUCAGUACUUUCGGCCUGGUGAAUUGCGUCGGGGUCUUCGUCAACUACUACGCUACCGGCCCGUUGUCGAAUUACAACGUGUCUACCGUCACCUGGAUUACAUCGAUCCAGACUUUCAUGAUGUCGGGUUUAAACGCGGUCAUGGGCCGAUUGUUCGAUAGCUACGGCCCUCGGUGGCUGCUCAUCAUCGGAAGCCUGGUGUUCUGCUUCGGGCUGAUGAUGCUAUCCCUUUCGACGGAGUACUACCAGAUCAUCCUGUCGCAGGGCAUCGUCAGCGCCGUGGGCAUGAGCGCCGUGUUCAACUCGGCGAUGAACUCGGUCAUGGGCUGGUUCUUCAAGCGGCGCGCCGCGGCGCUGGGCCUCAUGGUGUCGGGCUCGUCGCUCGGCGGCGUCGUCCUGCCUAUCAUGAUGAACCACCUCAUCCCGCGGAUCGGCUUCCCCUGGACCGUACGCGCCGUCGGCUUUAUGCUCCUCGGCAUGUGCGCCUUCGCCUGCUGCACCGUCAAGUCCCGCCUCCCGCCCCGCAAGCGACCGUUCAAGCUCGCAGAAUACGGACGACCGUUCCGCGAGCCCGCGUUCGUGUGCUGCAUUCUCGGCGGCUUCUUCUUCUUCUUCGGCAUGUUCCUGCCCUUCAAUUACAUCCAGCUGCAGGCGCGACAGCAAGGUAUCGACGAGGCUAUCAUACCCUACCUCCUGCCUAUCAUCAACGCCGUUAGCAUCCUAGGCCGUAUCCUACCGGGCUUCCUCGGCGACAGAUUCGGGCGUUUCAACAUCAUGGUUUUCAUCUCGGGGCUAUCGGGCAUCAUCACGCUAGCCGUGUGGGUGCCGAGCAAUUCGACAGCGAUGACGAUCGCGUACGGGGCCGUGUUCGGGUUCGCGUCCGGCGGCUUCGUCUCGCUGCUGCCGGCUGUCAUCGCGCAGAUCAGCGACAUCCGCGAGAUCGGCAUACGCAGCGGCAUCGCGUUCUUCGCGUCGGCGAUCGGCGCACUGACGGGCUCGCCCAUUGCCGGCGCCAUCGUGAGCGCCAACAACGGCAGCUUCCUAGGCCUCCAGCUAUUCUGCGGCAUUGUCAUGGCCAUAUCCAUGUUAUGGUUUUUCGCAUCUAGAACUAUACAAGUCGGUUUUACACUCGUCAAGAUCUGAGGAUGAUUUAUUGUUUGGUAGACAAAAAAAACAAAAUUGAGAAAUAUACUUUUCUUUAAAGUUGUUUAGGAUAGAGUUUCUCGCGAAGGCUAUUAAUGUUUAUAAAAAAGGAGGUGUCCUAACAAUUAGGGCCGGGCAUUGAUGAAAAGUUGGGAUGCAUUUAACGGCGUUAUGUAUGCAUGGCUUAGACAACAAUACUCAACUCGGUGUUGUCACGACAUAUAGAAUCUCUAUGUAUUGGUAAUAUACCCAGCAGAAUAGACAGGGGAUAUGAUAGGGAACUUAUUUAUAAAUCAAUUCACUUUUAAUAUUGCUGGUACGUAACUACACCUACCUGUUAGAUUC